AUGCCACCAAGAACAUCAAAUAAAGUCAAAGUCUAUAUUCGAUCUCGUCCUACAAAUAAUUUUGCAUCGGACAUGAUUGGAAUCGGCCGAGAUAAUCGCACAAUUACUAUUCAUCGAACACCAUCAGCAAGUGUGGUUGAUAAUAAAAUCAAUGAUUGGGCAUUUCAUUUUGACGGGCUAUUUAAUAAUGUUGGUCAAGAAGUUAUUUUUGAUUCGGUUGCAAAAGAUGUUGUCGAUCGUUCACUAGAUGGUUACAAUGGAACAAUAUUGUGUUAUGGCCAGACGGGAGCUGGAAAAACUCAUACGAUGACUGGUUUUACUGAAAGUUACCAAAAUCGUGGCAUUAUACCACGUAGUCUACAACAUCUCUAUCAAGAAAUUAAUGCUCGGCAAGAUUAUUCGUAUUCUGUUCGCAUCGCCUAUCUUGAGAUCUAUAACGAUCAAAUGUGUGAUUUACUUCGCACAUUAAAUUCACAAUCGGAUUAUCAACAACAAUUACAACAAUUAUCGAUUGGUGAAGACUCGGGUCUAGUUUAUAUAAAAGGAUUAUCUUAUCGUAUUGCCAACAGUGAAGAAGAAGCAUUGAAUUUACUCUUUGAAGGCGAAACAAAUCGCGCUAUAGGUCAACAUGUACUUAAUAAGCAAUCAUCUCGGUCACAUUGUAUAUUUACAGUUCUUAUUGAAUGUCGAUCUAUUUUAUCAUCCGAUGAAAAAUAUACAAUAUCAAAAUUGAAUCUUGUUGAUUUAGCUGGCAGUGAACGCUUAGCUAAAACUAAUUCUGAAGGUGUGACAAAAAGAGAAGCAACAUUCAUUAAUAAAUCAUUAUCAUUUCUUGAACAAGCUGUACUAAACUUAACGGAUAAGAAAGCUAAUUCUCAUAAUUUUCGUAGCUCAAAAUUAACACACACAUUAAAAGAUAGUAUUGGCGGGCGAUGUAAUACUGUGAUGAUUGCAAAUAUUUGGCCAGAAAUGCAGCAUCUUGAAGAAACAGUUUCAACACUUCGUUUUGCCAGCCGAAUGGCAUGUGUUCCAGCUGAACCAACUGUAAAUGAAGUUAUUGAUCCAGUAAAAGCUCUUGAAAAUUAUAAACGCGAAAAUAAACAACUACGAGACGAAUUAGCAUUACAUGAUGCAUUACUUAAUCGAAAUGGUACAUCCUAUGAGCCUAUAUCUGAACAACAAUUAUAUGAAAUUGAAAAUCAAUGUCGUCGAUUUAUUGAUGGAACAUUGGAUGACAUUGAAGUGAAAAAUCUUCGUCAAGUCCAAGCUGUGUUCAACGCAUUCAGGCAUAUUUGUCGAGCCUCAGAAAAAGAUGUGGAGAAAAAGUUACAUGAUCGACGUGCUAUUGCAGAUAAAUAUGAAUAUGAACAGCAAGAUAAUCAAAAAAUGUUUGGCACGAAUCCAGGUCUGACCGGUGCAGGCGGUACUGCAGGAGAUCUGGAUGGUCAAAGUUUUGGUUUGGGUACAGCAUCAAAAGAUCAACGAACAAAUAAAGAAGCAUUAUUGAAAAUGACACGAAAUAAAAGACAACCAGCUGCUGCUGCUGUUGCUCCUGCUGCAACAACGAAAGCACCUGGAGUACAACAAAUAAAUACUAAAGACAAAGCUUCUCCUAAUGGUUUAAAACCCACAGGUAAUGGCCCUCAACGAACUAUGACUACUGACGAUGAACAAUAUUCACGUGUAAAAGAACCCAGUGAAAUGGUUGACACAAAAGAUCAAGGACUCCAUGCUCCACCGGGUCGAACUGCUGCCUUUGAAGAAUUCAAACAAACUCGAGGUGUAAAUUUAAAUAAAAUUUAUAUCGAGAAUAAAGACAUCAUGGCAGUAAAGAAGAAACAAUUUGCUGAACUAGCACGACGUGUUAAUCAAGCUAAAGCUGAAAUUGAUAAAACACGUAUUGCAGCUGAACGUAAAAAGAAUGAGCGAUUAACAAUGGGUGAGUUUCUAAAUGAAAAUGGUGAGACAAUAAUUGACGAAGAAGAAUAUGAAUUGAUUGCAAAACUUCAAGAACUUAAAGGCAUCUAUCGUACCGAUUACGAUCAAUGGAAGAAUCUGAAAUCCGAAAUCACAUAUUGUCAAAACUUGGUCAAUCAAUGUCAAAAUCGACUUCUUCAAGAAUUCGAUGUAUGGUAUAGAGAAUGCUACGUAAGUGGAAAUAAUACCGGUGCUAUGGAUGAUUUAUUAACGUCAAAUAAAAAUAAUAAUGAUUAUCAAGUUUAUGAUGAUGCAGCUGAAAGAUUUGAACGUAUGCAAAAAGAAUUAUUACUUUCCGAUCUUGAUAGUAUGCCUUUUCGACAAGCUCAAAUGCGAACAAAUCGACGUCAUAUUUUCGAUGCAGCAGCAGCCCAAGGACCGUGGAAACAAUCCCCAUCAACAACAGUUAUACACAAUAGUGGAUCGUAUCAUAGAGGAACAUAUGAUGAAGACCAACAAUCGACACCACCAAUAUCUGUGAAUGGUAGUCGACAAAAACCAAUGGUCCGAUAA